AUGACGUUUCCUUCGUUGGGAUUUUCAAGCCAGCUAACCCAGGGAUGUGUUUUGUCUCUGCAGGUUACAGCCAAGACUGCCUUCUUGUUUAUCUUACCUCAGUAUAACGUUAGUGUGCCUACAGCAGAUGGUGAGAUUGUCCUCUAUCACUACGGGCUGAAGGAUCUGGUCACCAUCCUCUUCUACAUCUUCAUCGCAAUAAUUCUGCACGCCGUGGUACAGGAGUACGCCUUGGAUAAAAUCAACCGGAGGCUCCACCUGUCCAAGGUCAAGCACAGCAAGUUCAAUGAGUCCGGCCAGCUGGUCGCAUUUCAUCUCACCUCCGUGGCCUGGUGCUUGUAUGUCAUUGCAACGGAAGGAUACUUAUCAAACCCGAGGAGCCUGUGGGAGAACUACCCUCACGUCCAUCUCCCGUUCCAGGUCAAGUUUUUCUACUUGUGCCAGCUGGCCUAUUGGCUGCACGCAUUGCCGGAGCUGUAUUUCCAGAAGGUGCGGAAGGAAGAGAUUCCUCGGCAGUUGCAGUAUAUAAGCCUCUACCUUGUGCAUAUAGCUGGAGCAUACCUCUUGAACCUCACACGCCUGGGACUCAUCUUGCUACUGCUGCAGUACGUGGCCGAGUUCUUCUUCCACGUGGCUCGCCUCUUCUACUUCACGGAUGAAAACAACGAGAAACUGUUUAACGCGUGGGCAGUGGUGUUCGUCGUCUCCCGGCUCUUUACCCUCACCCUUUCCGUGCUGGUCAUCGCCUUUGGGCUGGCUCGGGUGGAAAACCAGGCGUUCGACCCCGAAAAAGGAAACUUCAAUACGUUGCUUUUCAGGAUGUUCGUGCUGCUUCUGGUGUGCUUCUCACAGGCCUGGAUGAUGUGGCGCUUCAUCCACUUCCAGCUCCGGCGCUGGCGGGAGUACCGGAACGAGCAGAGUGCCCGGAAGAGAGCUGCCGCGGUGGCUGUCCAUGGCAAGCAGCAGUCCAAGACGGUCAAAAGGGAGUCUGGCUACCAUGAAAAUGGAGUCGUGAAAGCAGAAAAUGGAACCUCACCACGUACCAAGAAACUGAAGUCUCCGUAGAGCCUAAACAGAGCCUGCAAGGACAGCGGAGGGAGGAGGAGGAGGAGGAGAACAAAAGAAUUAAGAUUCUGGGACUAGCAGCAGCUCCUCUCCCUCUCUCUCUCCCCCCCCUUUCUGUCCUCACAAGUUCCACCUCAGAAGGCUUGAACGCUCUUCAUCGAAAGCUCUUGUCUCCAGACAGUUUACAAGAACAACCAAAAGGCCCUCUCGCCAUGGGGGGCUUAGGAACACCAAACAGUUUCUCUAUUCGGCGUGUAUGACCUUAACGUGCGUUUUUCUCUCUCCUUUGCUUCCAACUUGUUCUUGCUUGUACCCCACUCCCGUAAACAUUUUACGAGCCGGUCUUCCUCAGAAAUCGCUUCUCGGCCUUAAGAGUGUUUCUGCCACCACCCUUCCAUUCUCCGCAUCUGGUGCUUCUUUGUCUUGGAGAGAUGGCAUCUUUAGGACAUGUGAUGCAUUGUCGUGGGAAUAGAAAUUUUGGGUAUGUGGAACUUCUGGACUUUUCCGGACAC